GUCUGCUGAUAUUGCGCAAUAGUAAGAAAGCUUGACCUGUGACAUGGUUGCAGUGGGUGGCUACGAAUCUAUGCAAAAAGAAACUCUGAUAACAAGUGGGUUAUAAAUCAGUGUGCAUUCGGUUCCUGUGUCGUUGUUGCCUUUUUGGGGUUAAUGGAAAGUACCGCAGAAGGACCAACCCUUUGAAUGAACACAUUCAGAUCGGAGAGAGAAAGAGAGAAAGAGAGAGAGAACGAGGGGCAGGGGGCAGCCUGCAACUUAGGCGCUGUCCGCGGUGCUGAAUCGCCUCCUGCCAGGUCCGUUAUUUUAUUGUCCUAUUUUCUUUUUUCACGUCAUGCUGCGUGCUCCAGUGCGCACCGAUUAUCAAUGACCUUAAAGAUGAUGGAGCUUCGUGGACUCUGCCACCGGAGUUAGACGAGCAAACCCUCCCACGUUGUCACAGCUGAUCAGCGGGAGAUCAUGGAAGAGGGAGAUGCAGGAUUGUUAAAAGCUGAAUGACAAAAUGUUUCUGAAGACAUCUUGCGUUACGUUGUUUCACAGGUUAUUUACCGACUGACCAGCUCCAGCCAGAUUCAACCGGUGACCGUUUCAUCCCCUUAGGAAUUUCAACACCUUAGAUGUCAAAAUGACUUGUUUUGAUUUUGUUGCGCUUUAAAAUAGGAGUUUUUUUUUUAAUCCUUUUUGUCAUAUAGAAGAGCGGCCACCUCAUUGCGAGGCAUGGCUCGUCUGAUUGUUUUGAUCAACUCAGUGCUCCUGUUGCUUUUUGGCAGCGACAUCUUCUUGGUAGGAGCGAAUCGACCACCUGCCCCUGUCAACGUGUCGGUUAUGAACCUACGAGCUGACUCAGCAACAGUGUCCUGGGAGGUUCCAGAAGGGGAUAUAAUAAUAGGGUUUUCCAUCUCACAACAGAGGCAGGAUGGACACAUGCAGCGUUUCAUUCGUGAGGUCAAUACUACCAGUCGCUCUUGUGUUCUUUGGGACCUGGAGGAGGAAACUGAUUACAUCAUCCAGGUCCAGUCCAUUGGGCUAUAUGGGGAAAGCCAAGCCAGCAAGAAAGUUCAUUUUCGUACUCUCAAAAAAACGGACCGGUUCUCUUCCAACAGCUCCAACCAAGAUGACCCCACUGUGCAGGGCCUGGACAAGUCUCGGCAUCUUCAGACAGGAGAGAUGAUCAUAAUUGUCGUGGUCUUGGUCAUGUGGGCAGCUGUUAUAGCCCUGUUCUGCCGACAGUAUGACAUCAUAAAGGACAACGACUCCAGUAACAAUAAGGAGAAGGUGAAGCCGUUGUCUGAGAGGAGCACACCAGAGCACCACAGUGGGGGACUGCUUAGGAGCAAGUUCCAUCCCUCUGUGCCAUCUAUAAACAUCAUUGAAGUCUGAGAAGAAGAGGGUCAAACUUGAACUACUAUGUCUUCAACUGCCUUUUUAUCUCCCUAUUGAGGAAAAAAAAAACGUGGAGAAAACAGAGAAGAUGUGGGCUACUUAUAAGCCAUUGGGUGAUGAAAGGGCAUUAAGCGACUGACUUUUUUUUUUCCCAGGACAACAAUUACACAUAAAUAGGUGUUAUGAUGUAGACAGACCUUAAAAUUGCUGAAAUACUGUUCCCCUGUAGAUUGACAGGACUUGAUUGAAUGUUAAUCCGUGGUGCAGAAACAUUGAUAGCUGUUCCAGGUGCUUGCUUUAAAAACGCAAUACAAAAUCCAGUAACCAAUCAUCUCUGGGAUACGUAUCUUUGUGGCGCUAAACACGCAGUGUAUUUUUGAUAUUGGCAUGUGCAGUUACAUACUCUGUUCACCUCUAGACAAUUGUGAGUAGUUUUCAUACUGUAUGCUGCCUGAACAUAAUGCUGUGUGGUUAGUGUGAGUAGGGUAUGAAUAGGAGAGAAUGUUUGUGUUAAAAAAAACUUAUCUCUAAAUAUAAAAUCACUACAUCAUUUAUUUUAGUCCAAACUUAACUGCCACUGGGUAACACUGUGUCUUUUCAUACUUCAGAUAUAACAAAACAUUUUUAGUUUGCUAAAAGAAAGCUGCAUGCAGGGUGUGUAGAAAACCAACUAAUGUGCAGACUGAAACUGAAAAAGAAAAAAUGCAUUUUCAUAAGCCAAGAAGCUUUGUUGAAUAUUUAGUUAGUCUGCUUUUAGAGAUGGCUGCAACAUUUUAACAUGUGGUUCAUGUUUAAUGUCAUUUCCUGAAAACAGUUUUUCCUGACAUGUAUAAGAAACCUAGUUUUGAAAUGGCUAAUUAUAAAAAUUAAGGCAAUGUAAUAAAGUU